GACACACCAUAUUCACAUGCGCAGUCCUCAGCCGACCUGUCUUUCUGAUCACCCUACCAAACGAACAGGACAAGAUGAAGUCCGUCGCCGUGGUUCUUGCCGUUCUCCUGGCGUACCAGUGCCUGGCCGUCCGCCACCCGGGCCCACUGGUUCAGCCCGGAGGCCUGUCCCUGAGUCGGACCCUCAGUAAGCCCAGCAAAGUCGGCGACAUGGACAUGUGCAAGUUCUGCGUGGAUUUCACUCAUAACGCCAUCCAGACUAUUGGAGAAGCCAUUCUCGAGGGCGGUUUGACGGCAGGCUGCUCAAAGUUGUGUGGGAUCGUCGGCAACAAAACAGACAGCAAAGCAGUGGAGCUGGCCUGUGACGCGUUGUGUACGCUCGUGGGAUUCGAAGAGUUCGUCAACGCAUUCAACAAGGCCGACGUGGACCCGAUCUACUACUGCGAGCUACUGAACCAGUGUCCGAUUGUCGACAACGGCGAUGCGACCAUCACCCUUCUGUCCGUCAAUCCAAAGUCCGGACCACAAGGGACUUUUCUCAUCGACCUUGAGUAUGAGACGAAGAACGGCACAGGGACAGGGGAACUGCUGAUAUACCUGGACACUGUGGACGGUCUUCCGAUAGGUUCGUCCUUCCUGAACGAGCCCCAGGACCCAGGGAAGUACGGAGUAAAACUCAACCUGAACGCGGUGCCGCCACAAGGCUGCGAGGUCGCAUGUGAAUCUUUUGAGCCGGGCGUCUACAACAUCACUAUGCACGUCUGCAAUGGUCAGUGUUACAGCAAACAUCCCCACAGUAAGAUCUACGACAUGAAGAAAACCAACUUCACCAUCACCGGACCACCACCGACACCAUCUCCCUAGACACAAAACAGCGGCUACAAGGGACAAACGGAUUAACGACGUUAAUUCCCAGUUCUUAUUCUCGCAUGGUCCUCACUUGCCUGGCCACAGUACGAUUUCCAAAGUUAUGAAAUGAACUUGACUGACUCGCUUAUUAUUAUUGACCGAGCAUUAAAGAGAGUUGUCAUUUAACUUUAUUGGAAAGACCACCUAUAUUCACCUAACUUGAAUGGAACGACAGCAAACUUGAGUUCGUCAUCUGAUCUCGGUUUCUUUGCUCUGCUUCAUCUGCUAUGUACUUGUAAUGUCCCUUUUCCUGUGUCUUUAAUUUCGCACUUGUAAAUAGACUCUUGGAAGUCAGUUUGUAAUUGAACGGACCACUCUACUGCCUUUGAAGAUAAAUAAAUAAAAAUACGAAAAU